CCGCAAAGUCCAACAUUUUGACUCCAUACUCUUAGGAACACCAUCUUCAAGCCGUCAUCAAUGCCGCCGCUGUUGGCGGCAAGAUCGGGCAGCUCUACAUCCCUACUCCAGAUGCUGUUUCCAGCAAGCUGAAGUAUGACGAGCUGUAUCCUCGGCGUUGGGUGCAGCCAGCCACCUACAUUCGCUUUUCGUCCACCGUAGAAGACUGCAACGGUACCCAGUAUUGCAUGACCAGUGAGGACGAUGCAUUCUUGAAGUCGUUGAACGCGAAGAAACCCGCAACGGCCCAAUGUUCCGAAGACCAUUUCGAGGAGGCAAUGGACUUCUUCGAGCGCAUCUCGCACGAGAAGCAACCAUUCGCCGCUGUAGACAACACCCCCGUUUUGCCGUACGAGGAAAUGGAGAGCAGUUUCGACGAGACCGUUAGUGAUCCGGCUCGGAAAUAUGCAAAGGACGUCUACGACCACUGGAAGCAGCAACGCCUGAAGCGCGGAAACCGCGAUCUGAUGCCCUCAUUGAAGUUUGAGACCAACCUUGACACAGAUGAUGCGGACCCGUACGUAUGUUUUAGGCGGCGCGAGGUCCGCCAAGCUCGGAAGACCCGUGGCAGAGACGCCCAGGUGACUGAAAAGCUCAAGAAACUGAGACAUGAACUAGAGGAAGCAAGAAAUUUGAUGAACCUAGUGAAACAGCGAGAAGCAUUGCGGAGGGAAGAGCUGGCAAAUGACAGGCUUAUCUUCGAGAAGAGAAUGGAGGUUAAGGAGGUCAAAAGAAACCUCGGUAUCAAAGGCGAAGAUGAAGACCUCAUCAACCAAAAGCCAGCACCAAAGCCCAAGCCCAAGCUCGAUGCAAGUGCCAUCCAGCGUGGCGUGCCUGGUAUGGUAUCGAAACCUCAACUCUCGCGUGUGGAUGGCCGCCCUCUGGACAAUGAUCUCAUCACUCUCGAGGAGCAAAUUGCUAAGAGGGAAGAUGAGAUUACGCGGUCGAUCGAGAUAAACAAAGAAAAGCACCGCGAAUGGAACAAACAUUACGUGGAUGUCACCUGGAGAGCAAUAACGCCACCUUUGGAGGAGAAUAUCCAGCCUGCUUUUCGCACUGCCAUCACACAAUAUUUGCCGACUCCUCCUGCAUCGAUCUCGUCGGAGGUUUCGGGAGACAAUGCAAACUCUGGCAAUAUGGAGCCGAAGCAUGGUGACAACGCUUUGGUUCGCUAUGCCACUCCACCCCAGGAGACUUUUCAGGGACGACCUUCGUUUAGGCGAAGAACGGGCCGGGGUGGACGACUUAUGAUCGAUAGGCGAGGGCUCAAGCGACCCGCAACUGAUGACAUCAAUGAUCGUGCAGCGGAACGGUACAAGUAUGAUCAGGACAGCGAUGAAGAGGAUUGUACAAUUCCGAUCGACUUCUACGCUGACGCAGCCAUCAAGUACCGCAUCAUAAUGGACAGAGCUGUGUCCAGGGAAGCUGCAGCACAUGCAGCACAAGCGGCGCAUGCGCAACAAGCAGCUGCAGCGCGCCGGAGCAUCGGCGCGGCUGGAAUGCAAUCGGGGCAAUCAGCACAGAUGGCUCAUCCGAUACAACAGCAACAACGGAUAGCCAACGGCCCAAGCUGAAAAGUCAGGCUCAACUGUUGCUGUCCCAGAUUUUUGUUUGCCUCUUCAUGCAUGCAGCGUGGUGAAUAAGAGACGUGCCGGAUUCAGGCGCCACAAAUCUGUUUACCACGCAUCAACCCCCUCGGCAUUCAAUUGCCUAUUGCUCUCCCGGCCAGCCUUCAAUGACGAUAACGAUAGGAUAUACCAUUGUCGAAUCAGCGUUUUAGAUUCUCGAACCGGUAAGCUGAAGCUUGUUAUGUACAGUAAUGGAAACCGGUUCGGAGGCAACUUUUUUUCUGAGGGGAGACGAUUCCUGGAUCGAGUCGAACAGGGCUUUUGGAAGUUCACCAGCCAUUGCAGCGAGGCCCGAGACAUGUAAAGUAUCGACGAUGGUGGAGCGGAUGUGACGGAGGGCGAAAUAAUAUCCCCAAAAAGCAGCAUAGACUCG